ACAGCUACUGUCGGUGUGAUGCAUCAUUUCCGCUUCCGCUUUCCCUCUGAUUGCAUCAGUUCCCUGUCAUCAGUUCGUCAAAGUUGGCAGCCGGAGAAAGAAAGACAUUGAUCAUGGUGGAGCCUGUUCCUGAAUCCAUCCACUUCCCUUCUGAGGAGAAGAGGAUCCUGCAGCUGUGGAAGGACAAGGACUGCUUCCAGGAGUGUCUCAAACAGUCCAAGAACAGGCCCAAGUACACGUUCUACGACGGUCCUCCGUUCGCCACAGGCCUCCCUCACUACGGUCACAUCCUGGCAGGGACCAUCAAAGACAUCGUGACUCGCUUCGCCCACCAGAGCGGCUUCCACGUGGACCGCCGGUUCGGCUGGGACUGUCACGGCCUGCCUGUGGAGUAUGAGAUUGAUAAGACCCUGGACAUCAAGGGACCGGACGAUGUGGCCAAGAUGGGGAUUGCUGAGUACAACCGGCAAUGCAGGAUGAUCGUCAUGAGAUACGCUAACGAAUGGGAGAACUCUGUAACCAGGAUGGGACGGUGGAUUGACUUUAAGAACGACUACAAGACUCUGUACCCCUGGUUCAUGGAGACUGUCUGGUGGGUGUUCAGGCAGCUGUAUGAUAAAGGUCUGGUGUACCGCGGGGUGAAGGUCAUGCCCUUCUCUACCGCCUGUAACACGCCGCUGUCCAACUUCGAGUCGAACCAGAACUACAAGGAUGUGCAGGAUCCGUCGGUGAUAGUGAACUUCCCCCUUCUGGAAGAUGAGAACGUGUGUCUGAUCGCCUGGACAACCACACCCUGGACUCUGCCUAGCAACCUGGCUCUCUGCGUCAACUCAGAGUUGCAGUAUGUCAAGGUCAAAGACAACAGCACUGGGAAGGUGUACAUUAUGAUGGAGGCCAGGCUGGUAGCACUCUUCAAGACCGAGGAGGAAUACACCAUCAUGGACAAGUUCCCUGGGAAGACGCUGAAGGGGAAGAAAUACAAGCCGCUGUUUGACUAUUUCAGGAAGUGCGGGGAGACGGGGGCGUUCCAGGUGGUGAUGGACAGUUAUGUCAGAGAGGAGGAGGGGACAGGAGUCGUCCACCAGGCGCCAUACUUUGGAGCUGAUGAUUACCGUGUGUGUAUGGAGAACAACAUCUGCCAGAGAGACCAGGCUCCCGUCUGUCCUGUCGACUCCUCUGGGUGCUUCACUGAUGAAGUCACUGACUUUGUGGGACAGUAUGUCAAGGAUGCUGACAAGAACAUCAUCAAAUGGCUGAAGGAACGCGGUCGUCUGGUCAACAGCGGCUCUUUCAAGCAUAGCUACCCUUUCUGUUGGAGAUCUGACACUCCUCUGAUCUACAAGGCUGUUCCCAGCUGGUUUAUUCGGGUUGAACACAUGGUGGAGAAGCUGCUGGAAAACAAUGACAAAUGCUACUGGGUUCCCGAGUUUGUGCGGGAGCGUCGUUUUGGUAACUGGCUGAGGGAUGCGCGUGAUUGGGCCGUUUCCAGGAACCGCUAUUGGGGCACGCCCAUCCCCCUCUGGUGCAGCGACGACUUUGAGGAGGUGGUGUGUGUAGGAUCCAUGGCUGAGCUGGAGGAGUUGACAGGAGUGAAAGUAACUGAUCUGCAUCGGGAAAGCAUUGACCAGUUGACUAUCCCGUCCCGCUGUGGUAAAGGCGUGUUGCGCAGGGUCACUGAGGUGUUUGACUGCUGGUUUGAGUCGGGCAGCAUGCCCUACGCCCAGGCCCACUACCCCUUUGAGAACAGGAAGGAGUUCGAAGACACCUUCCCCGCUGACUUCAUUGCUGAGGGCAUCGACCAGACCAGAGGAUGGUUCUACACCCUCCUGGUGUUGUUCUACACCCUCCUGGUGUUGUCCACCGCUCUGUUUGGAAAACCACCUUUCAAGAACGUCAUCGUCAACGGACUGGUGCUGGCCAG